AUGGCUCGUGCUCUAGUUUCUGCAAUCGCCGAGGAGCUUGGUUCCAUCAUUGCUUCAGAGCUCAGGUUGACUAUAAGUGUCAAGGAAGAAGUCCAAAAGCUUGAAAGCAAAUUCCGCACCAUCCAGGCAGUGCUCAAUGAUGCAGAGAAAAGGCAGCUGAAGGACGAAACUGUGAAGCUUUGGUUAGAUAAGCUCAAAGACGUAUCCUAUGAGAUGGAUGACGUUUUAGAUGAGUGGAACACCGCCAUGAUCAAAGCAGAUAUUGAGAAGAAUGACCUAGUGAGCAUCCUACUGGGCAAGGGUAGUGUAGAAGAAAGAAGCCCCCAUGUCAUCUCUUUAGUGGGAAUGAGUGGUAUUGGAAAAACAACUCUAGCCCAACUAGCCUACAAUGAUCAUGAUGUGAAAUCCCAAUUUGAGAAAAGAAUGUGGGUUUGUGUCUCUGAACCUUUUGAUCAGUGUAGGAUUGCCAAAGAAAUCCUUAAAUCUAUUGAAGGUCAAUCCCCCGACAUGACUUCACUACAAAGUCUGUUAGAUAGAAUUUGUGAUCAAAUUAUGGGAAAAAAGUUCUUUCUUGUCUUGGAUGAUGUUUGGAAUGAGGACCCUACAUUAUGGGAGCCAUUUAGACUUGCACUUAGAUAUGGCACCCAAGGUAGUAGAAUUGUAGUCACCACACGUAAAAACAUAGUUGCUGAGAUCAUAGGAAGUGUGGACAUGAUCAAUUUGGAGGUAUUGUCUAAUGAAGAUUGUUGGCUAAUGUUUAGUAAAUUAGCAUUUUUUGAUAAGAAUCCUGAGGAACAUAAGCAACUUGAAGACCUUGGUAGGAAAAUAGCAAUGAAGUGCAAAGGCUUGCCACUUGCUACAAAGACUCUAGGGAGCCUCAUGUGUUUCAAGAGAAGUAGAGAACAAUGGAAGAAUGUUUUAGAUAGUAAUUUGUGGGAAUUAGAAGAUAUGGGAAGAAGUCUUUUUGCACCAUUGUUGUUGAGUUAUUAUGAUUUGUCCUCACCAUUGAAACGAUGUUUAUCAUAUUGUGCUGUCUUUCCAAAAGAUUAUGUCUUUUUUAUUGAUGAGCUGCUAUUUAUGUGGAUGAUACUUGGUUAUAUUGACUCAAAGGCAAAUAUGGAGAUAGAAGUCAUGGCAAGAGAAUACUUUGAAAAUUUAGCCAUAUGCUCUUUCUUCCAAGAUUUUGUAAAAGAUGCAGAUGGCAAGAUGAUAGGGUGCAAAAUGCAUGACAUAGUCCAUGACUUUAUACAAUUAAUGACAAAAAAUGAAUGCUCCACAAUCAAUAGUGACAAAGAUUUGGGAAUAGAUUAUAAAAAUGCUCACCAUUUGCAUUUAGAAAUUCUUGAAGAAGUCCAAUUUCCUGUGUCCAUUUACAAUGCAAAAAAAUUGCGCACCCUUACUCUUUUCAAUCCUAUUGAUUAUGACUUAUCCAAAAUAUUCCAAUACUUAAGAUGUUUACAGGCAUUAACUUUGAAUUGUGGUCUAGAUGGUUUUCCUUCUAGUGAGCCUGUUUAUGUUGUUGCUCCCAUAGGUGCCACAUUUCUUAGGAAGAGGGCUGCUCACUUAAGAGUUGCUCCUCCGCGUCCUAGAGGUGUGUCAUCUGGUGCUGUUCCCCCUUCUCCCUCUUCUACAAGUACUGAUGCUGCUGAGACGUCUGGUACUGGUGCUGCUGAUGCUGAUGUUCCUCCAUCGAUUGCUUCGGAUGAUUCGGACAUUCGACGUGGCGUUGAAUUUCUCGGAAUAGAAUCCAAAAACAAGAAAGAUGACAUACUGUUCCCAAAUUUGAAAACUCUCUUGUUUGUCAAUUUGGGUGAGUGGGAAGAAUGGAUUGGGAUUGGAGAAAUGAAGGCGGCAGAGGAACACCGGCAUAGCACUAUCAUGCCAUAUCUUUAA